AUGACAGAAAGUCCUCUCUUCUCGCCUCAACAGAAGCCAGUCCUCGGCCUGCUUGGCCAUAUAAAUAGUCCCAAAAGCAACCUCUCAACAGCCCAAGGCGUCGGCAUCGACUACAAUGCCGAAUUGAUCAAAACUGCAGGUAUCAACUCCAACACCCAAGGCGCCAAGGCCGAGUGGCUCAUCUACAACUUCAACGACGAUCAAGAUGAUGUCGCAAGCACAUUGAUCGAUACACAUCAGAUUACCCACAUGUUCAUCUAUCUCGUCCCCAAGCAAUUAGCCAUGCCGACUGUGAGAGGGGCAGGCAAGACUCCCGGGCUACGGUGUUGUUGCUUGACUGAUUGUGGGAACUAG